AUGGCACAAGGCACGAAUAGGAGUUCUGUUACAUUACUGGGGCUCGAAGUUAGGAUUUUAAUAUCUAUGUAUGGGUUGCUUGUUUUUGCACGUGCUUGCAAGCUUGGUUGGGUGCUAUCAAUGAUGGAGCACAAGGUUCAGUCUGCCAGAGAGCAAGAAUCAAUUUACUGGCAUUUAGCUUCACAUGGUGUUCCGAAGAGCCUGCAUUGCCUUUGCCUUAAACUGACUGAAGAAUAUGCUAUAAAUGCCAUGGCCCGAUCUCAUUUACCUCCCCCUGAAUAUGUUUCUCGCCUCUCUGAUCCAUCCUUCCACCAUGUUGUUCUUUUAACUGAUAAUGUUCUUGCUGCCUCUGUUGUUAUCUCUUCCACGGUCCAACAUUCAGCCAACCCUGAAAAGUUGGUUUUCCAUAUAGUCACUGACAAAAAAACUUACACUCCAAUGAAUGCGUGGUUUGCAAUCAACCCUAUUAAAUCAGCAGCUGUGGAAGUUAAGGGGUUGCACAAAUUUGAUUGGUCUCAUGAGGUGAAGGUCGGCGUCAAAGAAAUGUUAGAGAUUCAUCACUUAAUCUGGAGCCAUUACUACAACAAUUUGAGAAAUGCCAACUUUCAACAUGAUGGAGCACACGAAAGAAGUUUGGAGGCUUUAAACCCAAAAUGCCUCUCCCCUUUGAGUCAUCUCAGAAUUUAUAUUCCUGAGCUGUUUCCAGAUCUCAGCAAGAUAGUAUUCUUAGAUGAAGAUGUAGUGGUGCAACACGACACGUCAUCUUUGUGGGACUUGGAUCUCAACAAGAAAGUUGUUGGUGCAGUUGUUGAUUCAUGGUGUGGAGAAAACUGCUGCCCGGGAAGAAAAUACAAAGACUACUUGAACUUUUCUUAUCCAAUAAUUUCAUCCAACUUUGACCAUGAUCGUUGUGUUUGGCUCUAUGGUGUAAAUGUCUUUGAUCUUGAAGCGUGGAGGAGGGCCAAAAUCACUACAAAUUAUCAUAAAUGGUUGAAACAUAACCUCAAUUUUGGAAUGCAAUUAUGGCAACCAGGAGUGCAUCCACCAGCAUUGCUUGCUUUCGAGGGUCAGGUACAUCCAAUUGAUCCUUCAUGGCAUGUCGGUGGACUAGGUUAUAGGCCCCCACAACCUCACAAUACUAAGAUGUUAGGUGAUGCUGCUGUUUUACAUUUUAGUGGCCCAGCAAAGCCAUGGCUUGAUAUUGGGUUCCCAGAACUUCGAAGUUUAUGGAACCGGCAUGUAAAUUUUUCAGACAAGUUCAUUAGGAAAUGCGGAAUUAUGGGAUGA